GGCUAAUUUUGGCCCCGCGGCGACGCUGUUGCCAGUUCCUCUUUGGCUUCACCGCGCCCGAAAAGGCGAAGGAGCCGAGGCUGGCCUUGCCAGGUAUAAAGAUGGCCGCCCUCAAGGGGAAACUGGUGGCAGGUCUUUUCACGCGCCUCCACUGGAGCUCUCCGACGGUCAGAUGGUCCUCAGACCGGGUGAUUCCCCAAGCUUUGUGGAAGUUGGGACGGCUCAACCAUGUGGCCAUCGCCGUGCCUGACCUGGAAAAAGCCACCGCUCUCUACAGGGAUGUGCUACAAGCCCGCGUGAGCGAAGUCCUUCCCCUCCCCGACCACGGAGUCUACACGGUCUUCGUGGAGCUGGGAAACACGAAACUCGAGCUUCUACACCCCCUGGGAGAAAAAAGCCCCAUCACGGGAUUCCUGCAAAAAAAUAAGGCCGGGGGGAUGCAUCACAUCUGCCUGGAGGUGGACAAUAUCGCCAACGCCAUCAAAGAGCUGAAGAGGAAAAAUAUCCGCGUUCUGAGUGACAAACCCCAAAUCGGGGCUCACGGAAAGCCGGUAGUUUUCCUGCACCCCAAAGACUGUGAUGGGGUGCUGGUAGAACUUGAACAAGCUUAGUUCUCCAAAAGGAAGGAUGCAUCCAUCCCGCACCGCAGGAGCCAAAGAAUGACUUUGCACCUCUCUCUUCUCUGUGGCACACAUCCAAGGUGGGCCUCUCCCAAAACUUCAGGGCCCCUAUUUUGAAAGGGCAGGAACAGGAUUGCCGGUGGAAGUUCCCGCUGAGAUAUCCCAUUCAUCAGCGGCCACGUUUCGGGGAAUAAACUGUGUAACUGGAAAUAUGGAAGCAGAACUUCACAUAAAGAGUCACAAAUUUACAAUUAAAAACCAAGGAGAAAAAGA